AUGGCCCGCUAUCUUGUCUCCAAGAAAGGUGUCCCUGUGUUGGCAAGCGCGAGGGUGGAAGGUGCUGCACAGUCGUGUUGUGUUUUAGUCGCAAAGUACUGCGAGGAGCCAUUGCAGAUCAGCUUCUAUCUCCAAUACACUACUUUCAUUGAUGGCUUUGAUGAUGAGCAGACCUUCACUUUGAUCUAUGAUGCUGAUAUCCUGACGCACGGCGCAACAUCACUCAAGACUGCGACCACGGCCCUUCCACACGACCAGCUGACUUCGAUUGCGCGCGCCGGGAACCCACAAAUAAGAGUCUUGACUCUCACACUUGCGAAGCCAUGCAGGAUCCGGUGCCCUCUGUCGUCUGGUACCCUGACGUCGAAGAGUGGCUAUGAAGCUCCCUUCCACCGGCUAGUUAAGCUCGCCAUAGCGUCGGAGAUUGAUAUAACACUCGACUACAAUUGGGUACACGCUGAUAAUCGUGAACCACUCGAGUGCUUCGUUAGGCAGCCGAACGUGUUCGCUGGUUUUCCAGAUGGCAAUGAUGGAUACAGGUAUGCAGAUUGGGCAGUUUUCAGUACCAUCGAAGAACAGGACGCGCCCCCACCUUCGUACGCGAACGCGGUCGACACCAAUGCAUCGCGAAAGCGAUCCAGGCACACCACCACACACUCGCUGUCCACAUCGCCGGCUCCUAAACGCCAGCAGUACGAUCCUGGCUCUCCAACCGAAGUCGCGACAGCGACGCCCAGCCCCCCUCAUACACCUGUUGGUUCGCCAUUGGAAAAGGCAACAGCGUCACCCAGCUAUCCAAGCAUAUCGCUGGAGGCCACCGCCGCGCUUGCCUUUCAAAACGCGAUCAACAGGGCUGUCGAGGCCCAGCUUCCUGCAGUCGUCGAGGGCAUGCUACCCGGCAUCCUCAAAAGUAUAUUGCCAGAUAUCAUUCACACUUCCUUAGUCCCUCAAAGAUCGCCAUCCCUUUCGCCUCCGCCAGCAACCGCUUUGCCUCCCAGACCUGUCUCAUCUUCCCUAGGGAACCUCAUAACCGACCGUUUAACCGAGCUCGCCAAGCAUCACUUAACCACCAUCUUCGAUGAGGCGAAUGACCAAGCGUACAGCCUCCGCAACCAGGCUGACGGAGAGUUCGAAGAUGUCAUCGCAGACCAUAAGAUCAACGUCGAUAUCAUCAAGGAGGAUUGUAUCCGGGAACUGGGUGAAGUGGUCGACGACAAACUAUGCAAGUUCAAGGAGCAGACGGAGGACAUUGUUAAGACUGCCGUGGACGAGAUGGAGAACAAAAGUAGUGAGUUCCUGGCUAAGAUUGGCUAUCUUCCUAACCCUCCGUUCUCCGCCGUAGUUGCGGAUUUCAAGCUCAACGCGCCUCCAACCCCGCCGACCACAGAGAUAGAGUACACAAAGUUUAUCCUGAUGCGGGAUAGACAUCAGAGCGAGAUUCGUGUUCAUCAGACUGCCAGCAAGUCGGCUGCUCCCCGAAGAAUGUUCGUCCUCAUUCACGGUGGCGGUUUCUGCUUCGGGAAAAACUUCUCCCUCAGCUAUCUCCCGUCGUACCGUCUUACGCUUGAGCACAAGUUCUCUACCGCGCCCCAAGACUUGUUGGAUUCUGUCAAGUGGCUGAGCCAGGACAUCCAUGUCAAGGAGCUUGAACGAGACCUCCCCCUUAGCUUCUACGUCGGUGGCAAUUCUUCUGCCGUCACGGCGCAGCGGUGGGUUUUCGAGAAGUUUCAGCUCCCACUGAUGGGUGCAUGGGCGAGCAUCCUAGAGCAGAAUGCCGCAGCUCUGGUUUUCAACCAGAACGCCAUGGAAUACAUCUCCAAAGCCUUGCGUGAUGACAGAUACUCGCUAGACUUUUUUCCUUUCCAGGCCAACGACCUGCACAAGGGGAUGCCGCCAAUCUACAUAAAAGUUGCAGGCAAGGACCCCCUUCGGGAUGACGGCCUAAUCUUCGAAAAGGCCUUGCGUACCCACAGUAGAAGGACAGAGAUAGAUAUGUACCCUGGUCUGCCCCAUGGAUUUGAAGCUGUUGUUCGAAAGCUCGGCCUCUCACGAAAGAGCAUGUUCUAUACUUUAAUUACAUAG